CUUGCUUGGGCACACACCCUCCUCUGGCAUGAAUCUGUCAGUAUUGUGAGAACUUUAUUACAGAUAAGGCUGGCUGGCAAUGACCAAUAACCUCGCCUCACACUCAACCAAUCAAGCCAGCUGAGGACUCUCUCACAACUGUCAGAGCAUCAGACAGAGCUACGACCACCUGAAAGUGUUUGAGACACGGCUCCAGGCAUCCUGCCUAAUGACCCUCUCCUUGACAUAUCGCUGCCGCAUGACCUGAGCGCCACCAUCAUCUGUUACAACCUGACGACUGCAACAGCCAACCAGAGAGAACCACUGAGGCAAAGCCUACAUAUUAGACUUGAGCUUCUGACUACCUGCUAUCUGUAUUGUGACUCACUGUGGAAAUCUUCAGCACCUGGACAAGAAGACAGUCCUUUGACAGACACGAAAACAGAUAUCCAGAGUGACAGUCUACCAGCUCAGACAACAUCAGCAGCCUGCACCUCUGACCAGCACUGUUGAAGCUAUGGGGAGUCCAGGCUGUGACUGUGUGGGAAGCACAGUGCACCUACCCCUGAUGAGUUUCAGUGACUACCCCCACAGUGAGUCUGCCCUACAGGCCUGGGAGGAGGAGGAGGACACCAAGCCGCCCCGGGGAUUGAUAAGUGUGCCUAAACACACCGUUCCUGAACGCAGCCUGCAAGGGGUCUUCCUGCCCUGCUUCGACAUGCUCCUCACUGAAAACAGCUCGUGGCUGUUGAAGAAGUCUGAAGCAGCGCCCCCUGUGCCCCCCUGUAAGGCCCUGGAGCAGUGCCCUGUCAUCAACAGCCAGGGCCUGGGGGUCCCCUCUGGGCUGGAGGGACAGGUGGAGGAACGCUGUCUGGAGCAGGUUCAGAGCAUGGUGUUGGGAGAGGUACUGAAGGACAUACAGACUGCCUGCAAGCUGCUCAACAUUACCCCAGACCCCAUGGAGUGGAACUGUGGGAACGUCCAGAAGUGGCUGCUGUGGACGGAGCACCUGUACAGGCUACCCCAGGUGGGCAAGGUGUUCCAGGAGCUCAGUGGAAAGGACCUGUGCUCCAUGACAGAGGAGGACUUCAGGCAGCGCUCGAUGCAGUGUGGAGACCUGCUGUACGCUCAUCUGGACAUCUGGAGAUCAGCUGCAUGCAUGAAGGAGCCCUGCACACCAGGAGAUAACAGGUUACAUGGUGCUGAGGAGGCUGACUCCUCCUGCUCAGGCCAGCCCAUCCACCUGUGGCAGUUUCUAAGAGAGCUGCUCCUCAAGCCGCACAACUAUGGACACUGCAUCCGCUGGCUCAACAAGGAGAAAGGAAUCUUCAAAAUAGAAGACUCGGCUUAUGUGUCCAGAUUAUGGGGCAUCAGGAAGAACCGUCCAGCUAUGAACUAUGACAAGUUGAGUCGCUCUAUCCGACAGUACUACAAGAAGGGCAUCAUCCGCAAGCCUGAUGUGUCCCAGAGACUGGUCUACCAGUUUGUCCACCCUGUAUGAAGCUGUGGGGCAGCCAGCCAGAAGAGAUUAGUGUUGAUGAUGACUGGAGACAACUAUCUAGCCAAACAGGUUUUGGCAAAGGGGGGGGGGGGGUUCUCAGAAAAUAGUAAUGUGCUCUGUUAAGCUCUCUAUGCAUACAGUUGUUCAAGUUUUGACAUAACGGUUGUUUUAGCUCCAGCAACGCACUGUAAAGACUGCCUCCUGCAUUGUGCACUCCUUCCUAAUUCCAAUAUUAUUAUGUAAACUGAUUGGAUAUUGGGUUUUAUUGUCAUUUUUUAUUGCCACAUUGCAUUAGAUAUGCAAUGUUUUACAUUUCCAAUAUUUCCAAUACUAAUUGUCCAAUAUUUCAUUUUCACAAAGGUCAAUGCCAUAUGGAUGUAUUAUUUUUCUCUGAUUGUGAAUUCACAUUACUGUAACCACCAGUGUAAGCUACAGUUGACUUUUUUAAAGGUGGUUGCUCUUUCAUUUACAUUACACAAUGUCCCUCGGAUAUAAAAGCAUCCGUACAAUCCAUGGCAUUUUUUUUUACAUGCAGGGUGAAUAUUGGAGUGUAUGUGUGCAAUGUGUUCACUCCUGAUCUGUAGUGGUAUUCCCAUGUUUGGGCUCUUCAUGAGUCACAAGUAACCACAGCUGUUAACCACAUAGGGCCACUUAUGAUCUGAUGUUUACGUUUGUAAUUUCAUUUAAGUAUAGAUACAUUAUUUGACUCCGGUGCCCGUUCACUGGCGGAAUAAUAAAGUCUAAUAGGAAUUUGUGAAUACAGUAAACUACUGUAAUAUAGGCAUUUCAAUACCAUUGCCACAUUUCAAGUGCUAGGAUCCAUAUGUAGAGACAAACAUCAGUGAUAGAAGCCCUGUUUAGACCUGGUUCUAACAUGCAGCCUUUGUCCUGAUCUUGUCCACAUUCUGAUUGUGCCCACAUUUUUAGACAGGUGUAGACGAUUAAAAGACGCAUUGCGAUCAGAUCUUAUAAGUGUAAACAGACAAGAUCAAGUCAAGAUCAGGACGAAGGACGCAUGUUAACGGCAAGUAUAAACAGGGCUAGAGAUUAGUGACUGGAUACAGACUGUACACAUGUUAGAAGAUAAUAUUGAAUAUUUAUAAUGAGUGUGAGCAAGAUGUCUUUUGUCAAUAUUUGGGUAUAAUACCCUAAAGCAUACUAUAUAUCCUUCUAUGUGUUUACAUACUGAAUGUGUCUAAAAUAAAAUGACAGAAUAAUGUGUA